AUGGCAGCUAUUUAUGGAAACAAUGGAAAUACGGAUUUUAUUUCGAAUAUCAAUGAUGUCGAAGAGACCAACAAAUUGAAAAAAUAUCGCGAUUAUUUGUGGAAAACCGAUAAUAUGCAACCAAAAGCUAAAUGGGAGGACGCAAA